CGUCACGGAAGAGGCGCGUGAGAGAAACAUGGCUGCUCAAGCUCGAGCUCUCGUAGCGGCGCGAUGGCUCGCGGACGCUGUCAAAAACAACCGAGUAGGACCAAAUCUGCGGAUAUUAGAUGCAUCUUGGUAUCUACCAAAAAUGAAACGCAAUCCCAGGGCCGAGUUUGAAAAAACGCACAUUCCCGGAGCCUCGUUUUUCGACAUCGACGAGUGUUGUGACAAAAGCUCCGAGUUUGAUCACAUGCUGCCUACGGGGGGCGAGUUCGCACACUACGUGGGUAAUCUGGGAAUAGGGAACAACACUCAUGUCGUCGUUUACGAUGCCAGCGACUUCGGCUCGUUCUCUGCUCCACGGGUGUGGUGGAUGUUUAGGGUGUUCGGGCACACUUCGGUGUCGGUUCUGGACGGCGGGCUCAAGAACUGGUUAACGGGAGGUCACCCUGUUACCGAACAAUAUAGUAAACCAGCAUGCGCUGAGUUCAGGGAGUCCUUUAACAAGUCUUGGGUCAAAACUUAUGAAGACAUUUUGAACAAUAUUAAAACCAAAGAAUUCCAAGUGGUCGACGCCAGAGCCAAUGGAAGAUUUCGUGGGGUUGAACCAGAGCCAAGGGAGAACACCGAGCCUGGUCAUAUUCCUGGAUCGAUCAACAUGCCCUUCCCCAGCUUCCUGGACUCGACUUCAGGUCUAGAGCGUCCUGUGGAGGAACUCAAGAAGCUCUUCCAGCAGGCCGGAGUUGACACGCAGAAGCCCUUCUGGGUCACCUGUGGCUCAGGUGUGACGGCCUGUCACAUCGCCCUCGCUGCUCACCUGUGCGGUCACCCGGGGGUCUCUCUGUAUGAUGGUGCGUGGGCCGAGUGGUUCACCAGAGCUGCACCUGAACACGUGAUCUCUGAGGGAAAAGGAAAACAGCCAUGAGACCAUUUCACAGGAAUAAAGACUUCACUAGAGUUUUAAUCGAGGCCUCAUUUGUAUCAGAAAUUAUUGAGUGAAAAAACUAUUAAGUGCUGCACUAUUCUACUACUGUUGCAUAUGCAUUAAAGCCCCUGUUCUGGUUGAAAUAACAGUUAUAUAAAUCUAGGAAGAGAGUUAAAAGAAGGCAUAAGCAGACAAUUAUGCUUUAGCAAUUCAUAAAUCAGAUGUCAAGAAUACAGAAGAAAACAAUUCUUCAGAGUAAGUUUCUAGAAUGUAAUUAUAUAUGAUGUUAAAAUGAUAUCUUCAUAUAAAUAUAAGUGAAUUAUUUAGCACCACAGCCUUAAUGAAGGAAAUAUUAGUAAUCAAUAAUGCCACAUCUAAUUUUUAGGCAAUAGAAAUGUGAUCUUUACUAUUUUAAGUUUUAAAAACAAACUAAAAUGAGUGACUUAACUCGGUUGUUCCUGUUUUUACAUUUCAGAGUUUAUCUAAUAAAGACAAUGUACUGUAAACACAAA